UAUUACCAAUUCACAUUAGUUCUAACAUAAAAAAAAUCACCAAACAGGGCGCAGCCAUUUCGUGGAAAUUAUGGUUCAGGGAGAAUCCAAUAAAUCAGCUAAUUCUUCCAAACACCACAUGGUCGGCGGGGAAGGUCCUCAUAGUUAUCUCCGAAAUUCCGAAUACCAGAAACAGCUCCUGCUCUCUGCUGACGAUUCAAUCCAGGACCUGAUUUCUCACCAUCUAGACGCCGGAAAUCCUCCCCGGACCUUCCGAAUUGCCGAUUUCGGGUGUUCGGUCGGUCCCAACGCAAUCCAGGCCGUCGAAAACAUCAUCAAAGCCGUCAAAAUCAAGUUCGAAAAUUCCAGGUCGACGCCCGAUUUCCAUGUCUUCUUCAACGACCUAAUUGGUAGCGAUUUCGACACUCUCUUCAAAAACCUGCCGUCUCCGAGGAACUACUUCGCCGCAGCGUCGCCUGGAUCGUUCCACACGCAACUUUUUCCUAAAUCGACGCUUAAUUUUGCGCACUGCUCGACCGCGCUCCACUGGCUGUCAAGGAUUCCAGUAGAAGUGACAGACCGGAGCUCGCCUGCCUGGAACGCCGGCAGAAUUCACUAUUCCGGCGCUGGUCAAGCCGUCCGACAGGCGUAUUCGGAUCAGUACGCCGCCGACAUGGAAGCGUUUCUUACCGCCAGGGCGACGGAGCUCGUCCCCGGCGGAUUAAUGGCAGUUGUGGUACUCGGCUUCCCCGACGGUGUCGUUUCUUCCGAUUCGAGUAUCGGAAAGGCCUUCGACAUCCUCGGAUCGUGUCUCUGCGACAUGGCGCGAGCGGGGAAAAUUGAUGAGGAGAGAGUUGAUUCGUUCAACUUGCCGUUCUACUAUCCGUCGCCGUCGGAGCUGACGGCGCUGAUAGAGGCGAACGGUUCGUACCGUAUCGAAAAAAUGGCGGCGCUGGCUGCUCCGAUGAGGCGCCGCCCCGACGCCGCCGUGCUGACGUCGCACCUGAGAGCUGUUAUAGAGGUGCUUGUGGAGGAACACUUUGGCAAUGGAGUGGUUGAAGAAUUGUUUGCCAGACAUUAUGAGAAGCUGCUGAAGAGUCCAAUUUUGGUCGAUGAAAAGUUCUGGAAAGAGACCAAUUACUUCGUGUUUCUCAAACGGGAAGAAGACUUGUGAAACGACGUCGGAUUAUGAUGUAUUGGCCUGCUUCUUUUUUCGUAGUCUCUGGUUUGUGCGAGAAUUGGUGAAUUUAAUAGAAAAAAAAAGGUAACUUUAAGAUCAAGGAUCAAAUCAAUUCAGGUUCUUGAUUUCAAUUUCGAAUUGUUUCUGUUCUACUUUUUACAUUUUUAUAAAAUGAUGUAAAAGAUUUGGAGUAGACAAGACUUUGUUUAUUUUAUACAGAUAUUAUUGAAUU